GUAUCUUCUCAGCUUUCACUUCUUUAUCUUUAAAAAUCUCAACCAAUCCUUCAAUCUCUUCUAAACCUCAUAGUUCCCUUCAGUUCCUUUCUCUUCCAAUUCAAAUAUUCCAAUGGCAUGUUCAGCUACCUCUGCAACUCUGUCUCUCUUUUCUUCAAACCCCAAAGCUCUCUUCUCUCCCAAACCCACUCUUUCCACCCCGAACUCCUUCAAUGUCACUGCUCUUCCAAGACCCUUCUCACGACCACUCUCCAUUUCCAUCAAUCGCGCCUCUCACUCUCGCCGUAGCAACACCUUCCUCGUCAAGGCCUCUAGUGAGCUUCCAUUAGUUGGGAAUACAGCACCGGAUUUUGAAGCAGAAGCUGUUUUUGAUCAGGAGUUUAUCAAGGUGAAGCUAUCUGAAUACAUUGGGAAGAAAUAUGUUAUCCUCUUUUUCUACCCAUUGGACUUCACAUUUGUUUGUCCCACUGAAAUCACUGCUUUUAGUGACCGGCAUGCAGAGUUUGAGGAACUAAAUACUGAGAUAUUGGGUGUUUCAGUUGACAGUGUGUUCUCGCACCUUGCAUGGAUUCAAACUGAUAGAAAGUCAGGUGGUCUUGGUGACUUGAAGUAUCCUUUGAUUUCUGAUGUCACCAAAUCCAUAUCGGAAUCUUAUGGUGUUCUUAUUCCUGAUCAGGGAAUUGCAUUGAGAGGAUUGUUCAUUAUUGACAAGGAAGGGGUUAUCCAGCAUUCUACCAUUAACAAUUUGGCAAUUGGUAGAAGUGUUGAUGAGACAAAGAGAACACUCCAGGCCUUACAGUAUGUGCAGGAGAACCCAGAUGAAGUUUGCCCUGCUGGGUGGAAGCCUGGGGAGAAGUCCAUGAAACCAGACCCUAAACUUAGCAAAGAAUACUUUGCAGCGGUGUAACGAGUAUAAUAGUUAUGAGUAACCAUGCGUAUCUGUAUCAAUUAGUGGGUUGUGAAAGGGUCUUGAUUUUAAUGUAAUGUUAGUCCUUAAAUUUUGAGCCUCAGGGUGUGAUAAUAAAUGCAUGCUGCUGUACUGUAUUUUGAAGUGUACUAUGUAUUAAUUUGCAAUUUCUUUGGAUAAUGGUAUCUGUAUCUCAUGUUUGUAUCCGAACCAUAUCUUUUUGCCAAG